UUUCUUCACUCACGUGGGACCGUGUUGCAUCCUCGCUCCCUCCUGGUAUUUUAAUGAAAGCAAUAAUCGCCCUCAAGACAGGCUUGUCGCUAACCUUUGAACUGCGGGAUCAAGUUCAGAUCUGGUUACCUGCAUUGGGACAAGAAGAAGGAAAGGGGGAGGAGAGAGGGAGAGAGGAGGGGGAGAGACUGCAAUAUCAUUUGUGAAUCGUUCACAGGGGCUGCAGAUACAUAUUGCUAACACAUGCAGUGCAAAUGCAGGUAGCGCAGCACCAACUGCGUCUGGACUACUAACUUGGGGGCUCCGUGCAUGGGAAAUACUUCCAGAUUUUCAUUUGAUUUCUAUUUAUUUUACAAUUAUUCUCCACUUUCUCCAAUUCCAGCGUUUUUCAUUUGAACUUUGCUGAUACUGAUUAAGCUGAAGGAUUUUUUUUUUCUUGGAAAAUAAGCUCUAAGGAUUUUUUUUUGUUUGUUUUCUUGGUUGGAAGGAAUUCCCUUUUUUAAAAUUUCUUGAUCCUGAAUUUUAUUCAAGAAAGAAAAUAUCAUCAUCCAGAGCAUCGUUUUUUUUUCUGGAAUUAAAAAAAAAAAAGAAAAAAGUCUGUGCUCAGCAAAUCAGAUCGGAUUGUGCACUGGGAGUAAAGCGAAAUCAGAAGACAAGGGGAGGAAAAAGCAGGGGUGAGUUGUUCAACAUCUGCUGGCAGCUGGGCUUACACUCUGUCCCGAGAAGUGGGAGUAUGGAGUGAGGGGCCACCACCGGGAGAGCGGCUGAGCAUGCUGAUUCGCAGCGGGAGAAGGUAACUUGGUGCCGGGUACGACUCAAGUCUUCUUCUUCUUCUUCAGUAUAUCGCGUGUUUCCGGAUAAAGGUCCAGCGGCGACUGCCAAGGUUGGGGAGAGAGCCAUGAGGACUGCUUGGGGUUGCUGCUUGUUCGUUCUGCGGGUCUCGCUGACCCUGGCAGCCUCGAAACAGCUGCUGAAGUACCGGCUGGCCGAGGAAGGGCCGGCCGACAUCCGGAUAGGGAAUGUGGCAUCGGAGAUCAGAAUGCCAACAGGCUCCGGGGAGGUGACCUUCAGCCUGGAGUCGGGAUCGGACUUCUUUAAGAUAGACAACAUGACCGGGGAGCUGAGCACCACGGAGCGGCGGAUAGACCGGGAGAAGCUGCCGCAGUGCCAGAUGAUCUUCGAUGAGAACGAGUGCUUCAUAGACUUCGAGGUGUCGGUGAUCGGACCUUCGCAGAGCUGGGUUGAGCUGUUUGAGGGUAGAGUGGUCAUCCUGGACAUUAACGAUAACACCCCGACCUUCCCGUCACCGGUGCUCACCCUGACGGUGGAGGAGAACCGGCCGGUGGGCACCUUGUAUCUGCUGCCAACGGCUACGGACAGGGACUUUGGCAGGAACGGGAUAGAGCGAUACGAGCUCAUCCAGGACGCCGGGGAGAGCCUCUUCGGGUCCGGCAGACGAGGUGGAGGCAUCGGCUCCGGUGGGCGCCUAGAGCCCGGGGAGAGCGCCCUCUACCCGGGGAAGCGGAGGAUGGAGACGGACAGCAGGAGCAGCGUGUUCGAACUGCAGGUGGCCGAUACCUCGGAUGGGGAGAAACAACCGCAACUUAUCGUGAAGGGGCCACUGGACCGAGAACAGCGGGACUCUUAUGAAUUGACCCUAAGGGUGAGGGAUGGGGGAGAGCCGCCCAGAUCGUCGCAGUCCAUCCUCAGGGUCCUUAUCACCGAUGUCAACGACAACAGCCCCCGCUUCGAAAAAAGUGUCUACGAAGCAGACCUGGCUGAGAACAGCGCUCCAGGUACCCCUAUCCUACAGCUUAAAGCCACUGACUACGACGUGGGGGUCAACGGGCAGAUCGAGUACGUGUUUGGGGCGGCAACGGAAUCCGUACGGAGACUUCUCAGACUGGACGAGAACUCGGGCUGGCUCAGCGUCCUGCACCGGAUAGACCGAGAAGAAGUCACCCAACUCAAGUUCGCGGUCAUAGCCAGGGAUAGGGGUCAGCCUCCCAAAACCGAUAAGGCCAUGGUGGUCCUCAACAUCAAGGAUGAAAACGACAACGUUCCACUCAUAGACAUCAGGAAGAUCGGCAGGAUACCUGUUAAAGAUGGCAUGGCUAACGUGGCCGAGGAUGUCCUGGUGGAUACCCCCAUAGCCCUUGUCCAGGUGUCGGACAGAGACCAAGGAGAGAAUGGAGUGGUCACCUGCACUGUAGUUGGUGAUGUCCCCUUCCAACUCAAGCCUGCAAGUGACAGUGAAGGUGAACAGAACAGGAAGAAAUAUUUCCUUCAUACUUCUGCCCCCUUGGACUACGAGAACAUUAAGGAAUACAAUGUUAUUAUUGUAGCGGUGGAUUCGGGAAGCCCCAGCUUGUCCAGUAACAAUUCCCUCUUAGUUAAAGUUGGAGACACUAAUGACAACCCACCAAUCUUUGGCCAAGCUGUAGUAGAAGUAGCCUUCCCUGAAAAUAACGUGCCUGGGGAACGAGUUGCCACAGUGCUGGCCAGCGACGCUGACAGUGGUAAGAAUGCAGAGAUUGCUUACUCCCUGGACCCCUCUAUGGCAGGGAUCUUCUCCAUUCAUCCAGAUACUGGGGAUAUAACAGUUAAUAUCGUUCUAGACAGAGAACAGAUGGAUAGAUAUGAAUUCAAAGUUAUUGCCAAAGACAAAGGUAUCCCAGUUCUCCAGGGGACUGCCACAGUAGUGGUGCAGGUGGCUGAUAAAAAUGACAAUGACCCCAAGUUUAUGCAGGAUGUGUUCACCUUUUAUGUGAAGGAGAACUUGCAGCCAAACAGCCCCGUUGGAAUGGUGACAGUGAUGGAUGCUGACAAAGGUAGGAAUGCAGAGAUGAGUUUAUUCAUUGAGGAGGACAGUGAUAUUUUUUCUAUUGAAAAUGACACUGGGACGAUUUAUUCCACCAGAUCGUUUGAUCGGGAAUAUCAAAGUUUGUACACCUUUAGAGUGAAAGCAGUAGAUGGUGGCGAGCCUCCAAAGUCUGCUACAGCCACAGUGUCCCUGUUUGUCAUGGAUGAGAAUGACAAUGCUCCUACAGUUGCUUAUCCAGUUAACAGUUCCUACACUUUACUGUCACCUUCCAGCAAUGUCAGAACUGUUGUUACAACUGUUGUGGCCACCGACACUGACACUGGUGUCAAUGCAGAUCUGAACUACAGCAUUAUAGGAGGAAAUCCCUUUAAGCUCUUUGAAAUCAAUCCCACUAGUGGAGUGGUGUCUCUGGUUGGAAAACUAGCCACAAAGCAUUAUGGUCUGCACCGGUUAGUGGUCGAAGUUAAUGACAGCGGGCAGCCCUCCCAGUCUACAACCACUCUGAUACACGUGUUUGUCAAUGAAACUGUCUCCAAUGCAUCAGUGGUUGAUUCCCAGAUCGCCAGAAGUUUGCACACCCCAUUAACCCAGGAUAUUGCUGGUGAUCCAAGUUAUGAGAUGAGCAAGCAGAGACUAAGCAUAGUAAUUGGUGUGGUGGCAGGAAUUAUGACUGUCAUCCUUAUCAUAUUAGUUGUGGUUAUGGCCAGAUACUGCAGGGCUAAGAGCAAAAAUGGCUAUGAGGCUGGCAAAAAAGACCAUGAGGACUUCUUCACCCCACAGCAGCAUGACAAAAAUAAAAAACCCAAAAAGGACAAGAAAAAUAAAAAAUCCAAACAGCCUCUAUACAGCAGCAUAGUGACAGUAGAAGCUUCAAAGCCAAAUGGGCAAAGGUAUGACAGUGUCAAUGAGAAGCUGUCUGACAGCCCCAGCAUGGGAAGGUACAGAACUGUUAAUGGAGGUCCUGGGAGCCCUGAUCUUGCCAGACAUUACAAGUCCAGCUCCCCUCUGCCAACUGUGCAACUUCACCCUCAAUCACCUACUGCUGGCAAGAAACACCAGGUUGUCCAAGACUUACCACCAGCCAAUACAUUUGUAGGGGCAGGAGACAACAUCUCAAUUGGAUCAGAUCAUUGUUCUGAGUACAGUUGUCAAACCAACAAGUACAGCAAACAGCCUUUUCGUAGAGUGACGUUUUCUGUUGUGAGUCAGCCUCAGGACCCACAUCAAGGGUCGUUGCAGAGUUGCUAUGACAGCGGCCUGGAGGAGUCAGAGACACCGAGCAGUAAGAGUUCCUCAGGUCCAAGACUGGGUGCUCUACCACUACCUGAAGACAACUAUGAGAGAACUACACCAGAUGGCAGUGUUGGUGAGGCAGAGCAUAUGGAAAAUGAUUCAAGACCUUUGCCAGAUGUAGCCCUGACCGGAAAGUGCACCCGUGAAUGUGAUGAGUAUGGCCAUUCCGACUCAUGCUGGAUGCCUGUUCGUACUUCACCAGAGAGGAAACAGAAGAAUCAGCCAAAGCUCUCCACUUUCAUGCCAGUUGAUGAACGAGAAAACCAAGAAAAGCUAGCCAAUGGAGAAGUUUCACUUAUGGGUGAUCGUAACAGAAAUCUACUCAACAAAAAGUUGGCAUCAUAUGAAACCUUCAAUGCAGCUACAUACAGCAAAAGCGAAGAAGCCAAUCCAGAGGAUAUUCCCCUUACACAAACAGGGGAAUACAAGCCAUCCCCCGUCAAUACGUUAACUAGAAGAGAAGUUUAUCUGUAAGCUGUUUCAAGCCACAGUGUUCUUUUAUGCAUAAACAAAUAAAGCAAGGGAAAUAAGGCAAACAUUAAAUUAUAAAACUCAGAAAUAAGAGGGGGCCACCAAAGAGACAAAAAAGCUUUGCCUGCUAUAUUUGCCUCCAUAUCAGGCACUUAAUUAUCAUGUUGGCUUGACUAUAUUAUGAUAUGUAGAUACCAUUGUUGUUGCUUGCAUGUGAAAUGCCCUCCAUUGCUAAUCUUUUCAUUAAAUUGAUGGUUGUGAGAUUCUUUCAUGGUAACUGGCCUAAUUAAGAGAACACAGGGCACAGCUGUUAGACUUAUGGGAAGGCAUGCAAUACAGAACUCAACUUGUCUCUGAUUGUGAAAUGGUUGAUUAACCCUAUGUGGAAGAGAAUGGAUAACUAUGACAUUGUUCAUUCCAUUGCCAAACCUAGUAAAACAUCAAAAUAAUUAUCAAAUUCAUAAUAAAUCAAAACAUUAUUUUUCCCAAAUGAUAUAUUCUAAACAAGUGCCACGAAAUAUGGAACACAUUGGAUGUUAUGUUUUACAUGCUACGAUCAAAACUGCUAGGUUUUUAGAAACAUUGUAAAAAUUCAUAAUGGAUGUGCUGCACACACAAGUGCUAGAUGCCCUUUAUGGUCUUGUCAGACCCAUAUUAAUUUUUAAUGCCGAUUCUCUUGGGAAUAAUUCAUAUCACUUAAAAAUAAAGUUUCACAUCUAAACAAUCGUAGUAGUAUUGUCAAAGAUCUAAAGAAAGGACAUGUAGAAGCAUUCAUUUCUGGCAAUAAAAUAUUAAUUAAAAUAGUAUAACCAAUUUGCACUAAACUGUAUAAACAUAUAUAACACAUAUAUAUACACAAAGAAUUACAAGGAGAAACGUAAAUUAUUAUGAUAGAAUGGUGUGCCUUUGAUUUUGGUAAACACAUUUGUGUUAUUGAACUUAUUCUUGGACAGAUUACAAAUAUUCCAGUAACCCUAAGAAUUAACUUAAAUUU